CUAGAACCCAGAUUAUUGGAGCUGUGAGUACUACCGUGGUAGUCUUCGCUCUACCGCCGCCACCGGCAGCGCCCCACGAAGAAAACAGCUCUGAAGUUUCUUUCAGCCGGGAAGAUGGAAGAUGGUGCCACCAAACAUAUCAUCCAGAUGACAGGGUUUAAGAUGGAGGAGAAGGAAGCUCUAGUCAAGUUGCUUUUAAAGCUAGAUUGCACUUUUAUAAAGAGUGAGAAAUAUAAAAACUGUACACAUCUUAUAGCUGAACGCCUGUGCAAGAGUGAGAAGUUUUUAGCAGCUUGUGCUGCAGGAAAAUGGGUAUUAACAAAGGAUUACAUAAUUCAUAGUGCCAAAAGUGGCAGAUGGCUUGAUGAAACAACUUAUGAAUGGGGAUAUAAAAUUGAAAAAGACUCCCAUUAUUCACCUCAAAUGCAAUCUGCACCUAAAAGAUGGCGUGAAGAGCUGAAACGGACUGGUGCUCCUGGGGCCUUCCACAGAUGGAAAGUUGUUCUCCUUGUUAGGGCAGAUAAGCGGAGUGACUCUCUUGUAAGAGUUUUGGAAGCUGGAAAGGCAAAUGUCAUUUUACCAAGAAGUUCUCCUAGUGGUAUAACCCAUGUGAUUGCCAGUAAUGCAAGAAUCAGUGCUGAGAGAGAACAAGAAAACUUUAAGGCUCCGUUUUAUCCAAUUCAGUAUUUAGGGGAUUUUCUCUUAGAGAAAGAAAUUCAGAAUGAUGAAGAUUCCCAAAUCAGUUCUGGUCGGACCAAAUAUAACAAUCAAGAAAAAAGCAAAGAUUUUAAGAGAGACGUGGGAUUUCUUGAAAUGAAAGGUGCUGGAGAAAACAUGUACAGAACUCAGAAUAAAAUGGGAAAUCAUAAUGAAAAUGUUAAUGAUAAGUUUGUUCUGAGUGAACAUCACAAAAAGAAAUUCAGAGACUUCAGAAAAGAUAUGAAAUCUAUUAAAAAAACAAAUACAUUCAGAAGACGUGCACAUGAGAAUCAGAAAGAAACUAAGAAAAAAGAUAAAGAUGUCCAAAGGAGUUACAUUUUAAGGAAAAAGAACAUAAAAGAAGGUUAUUGCAAAACUGACGAUGCCCAUGACACAACUAGAAGUACAUUAAAAAAGCGCUGGAGCUACAGAGACCAGAAAGAAAUGAAGAAUUCUCUUCUUACUGAUUGUGCCAAAGAAUCAGAGACCAAGGAUGUCAAGACAAAUGUGGAUCUCACGGAAGUAAAAAAUGCCUUAAAGAAGCAGAUAUACAGAGACAUAUAUAGAGCUCAGGCAGUCCGAUACAACUGCAUUAGAGUAGAUAAACAGCCGGUAUACAAUGUAGAGGUUAAAAAUGCAGAGUUCCCCAGAGGAAUAUUAAAUUUAAUUGAAAGCCUCAUAGAGGGACAGUUCUUUAAAGAAGCCAUUGAAGAGCUUUCCUCUUUGCAAGCCCAUUAUGUCCCUCCAGUGUGCCUUCUACAUGCCCUACUAGAGAAUGUUCUGCAGGAUAAUAUAGAUACAUUUUCUGGUCGAUACUUUCAUAUAUUAUCAGCUCUUCUUCAUCUGCAUCCUCCUUGGAAGUCACCAGCCAUGUCAAGAUACUACUUAGAGCUAUUUCAGUGUCCAACUUGUAUGAAAGGAGCCUGGUCUCUCGUGGAGAUGCUCGUCAGGUCUUGUCUUUUCAAUGAAGGUUUCUGCCAUCAAAUAUCGGAAAACAUUGGUUCUAAAGUGGCCCAUCUUACACUGCUCAAGUUCUUCUUUAACCUACUUGAAAGUGAAGUGCGGCAUUUGAGUCAAAAGUUAUGUGACUGGUCAGAUUCUCAGAAUCUAAAAGUAGCAGAAAAGGCAAUUCUUCAUGAAAUUUUUUGGUCAGGAAGUGAAACUUCAGGACUUUUGACAAAACCAGUAAAUAUGCUUUUGGAAUGGACUAUAUAUUCUCACAAGGAAAAAUGCAAGUCUAAUGAUGUCUUCAAACAUGAACUAUCUUACUUACUGACUGGAAUUCUUGGCACAGCAGUAGACUAUUGGAUCUUCCUUGGUAUUCAGAUGGGUAGAAAUGUGAUCCGACACAUGUCUGAGGACUUAGGAAGCUAUAUUUCCCUUUCCUGUGAUGACUUUUCUUCAAAAGAACUAGAGCUCUUCAUUUGUUCCUUUUCAUCUUCCUGGCUUCAAAUGUUCGUUGCAGAAGCAAUCUUUAAAAAGCUGUGCUUACAGGGCCCCACUAGUGCGUGCACUGAGCCACUCUCUCUUCAGAAAAUAAUAGAUUCCUAUUUACCAGUUUUGGGGAAAAUGGACAUACAUGGGGCUGGAAAGAUGCAGAUGCCAAAAAAACUCUGCCAGCGGCCUUGCCUAGAGUCUCAAAGAGCGUUACUAAUGCUGAACGGUGCAAAACAGAAACAAGCAGACGGUCGGCCAGAGUUCCUCGAGUUAAACCAUGCUAAAUGUUCCUCAUCGUUGAAAAAGUUGAAGAAGAAGUCAGAAGGAGAAUCGUCAUGUUCAAAGGAGAAUUGCCCCUCUUUGGUUACAAAGAUGAAUUUUCAUAAAACUAAUCUGAAAGGGGAAACAGCUCUGCAUAGAGUUUGCAUAAAAAACCAAGUGGAGAAAUUGAUUAUUCUUCUCUCUUUGCCAGGAAUAGACAUCAAUGUUAAAGACAAUGCUGGCUGGACGCCUUUGCAUGAAGCCUGUAACUAUGGCAACACAGUGUGUGUCCGGGAAAUUUUGCAACGUUGUCCAGAGGUAGAUCUGCUCACUCAAGUGGACGGGGUGACUCCUUUGCAUGAUGCACUGUCAAACGGACAUGUAGAAAUUGGCAAGCUGCUUCUACAGCAUGGGGGCCCAGAGCUUUUACAGCAGAGGAACUCUAAGGGGGAGUUGCCCUUGGAUUAUGUGCUGUCCCCUAAAGACAAGGAAGAACUAUUUGCCAUUACAAAUAUAGACGAUACAGUGGACAACUUUCAUGCUAAGACACAGAAACAUUUUUAUCACCAACAACUGGAAUUUGGUUCAUUUUUACUUAGUAGGAUGUUGAUUAGUUUUUGUUCAAUAUUUGAUUUAUCCUCAGAAUUCAUCCUAGCUUUCAAAGGGUUAAGUCAUCUAAAUGAGUUGCUUAUGGCAUGCAAUACUGAUACAGAACCCACCAGUGCACAUUCUGACUGGCUACUAGAUCUUUAUGCUAGGAAUAUAAAGACAUUAAAGAAGCUCCCAAGUGUUCUUAAGGAACUGCCUGAGAAUCUAAAUGUAUGUCCUGGAGUUCAUACUGAGGCCUUAUUGGUGACACUGGAAAUGAUGUGUCAGUCAAUCACAGAGGUGUCAUAAUGCCAGAAAGUAUGAGUCAGAUUUCUAAACAUGCAACAUGCUUUGUCACCUAAUAUAUCCAUAGCUUAUGGAAAAAUAAUUAAUUUCAGUUAUUCACUGAUAGCAAAUUUUCAUAGCACUUAAAAAACAUCUACAGAUCUAAAAUGCAGGCUCAGGAUUUAACUGAAAAAGAAACAAUAAUAAAAUGAAGUAGUUUUGUUAGAUAUCAAAUGCUUUCACUAAUUUAAAAAAAAACUUUCUUCUUCAAAUAUUUAUUUAUAUUGUAUAUGUAGAGAAUAAUUUAAAUAUUUUUUCAAAUCAAUAUGCCCUUUCCUUUGAGUGCUAUAGAUCUUAAAAUCAUGGCAAGGAUAUUCAUGGAAAUGUGUAUCUAUAUACUUGUAAAAGUUGUUUCUUCUUUUUAGGCUAGUGUUUAAGAUGCAUUUGCUUUUAUGUGUUUCUAAAUAAACCUUUCUAGUACUUUAAA